AUGAUGGAGGAAGUCUCAGCGGUGAAGAUGCCAAACUUCAUUCCGUCCGACCCUUCCCUCUGGUUUACGAUGGUGGAAUCAACAUUUGAGUUGGCUAUUCCAAAGCCAAUAACAGCUUCUCGCACUAAAUACAAUUACUGCGUGAGCAUCUUGCCUCCUGAAAUCGCGAUAACUGUGCGCGAUAUUAUUCUUUCACCCUACGUAACCGACCCUUACAGCCAACUAAAAUCUGAAAUCAUUUCCCGAUACGGAGAAUCUAAAUCCCAGGAAACUCGUAAGUUAUUGGCUGGAGAACAGUUGCAUGAUAGAAAGCCGUCCGAACUGUUAAGAAUUAUGCAAAGACGCGCGGAAAAUCACAAUAUCGCCGAUUCUCUUUUACUGGAAUUAUUUCUUCAGCAACUACCACCUAAUGUGCAAUCGAUUCUUGCCUCAAUACAACCUUUGACACCUCAAAAAGCCUCUGAAAUUGAGAACAAAUACUGGAUAUAA